AUGGGGUGCCAUAUUUAGAAACACUAAUAUACAAAGAAUGACAUCAUAAUCUCAUCUCCUAAUCCUACAGUACCAUCCUCUCAUGAUAUAAUUUUGAUGCCUUAUGCUCUUGAUUAAUAGCAUCCUGCUUCAAGGAUACCAAUUCAAAUUCUUUGGAAUAGUGAAGUUCAAAGAACAAAAGAAUAGUCAUCUGAAAUAACUAAUUCAAUUUCACCGAAUAUUAUUUCCAAACAAACAUAAAAAUGA